GCGGGGGACAGGGGGUGAGGGCUGGAGGGUCUGCCAGCUUCCUCCUUGGGAGAGUCCUCUGGGACCCUGGCCGGGGUGGGGGACGUGGGCAUGCGAGAAGUCCGCGCCGUGGGGAACGAAGGUCAGGGGGCUAGUCCUCCGCCAGGCAAAGCCCAGGAGGCUGGACUGAGGACCCUGUGCCCCCAGGUGUGUGCUCGGGCGGCCCUCGGUCCCGGCGCGCUCUGGGCCGCGGCCUGGGGAGUCCUGCUGCUCACGGCCCCCGCAGGGGCGCAGCGCGGACGCAAGAAGGUCGUGCACGUGCUCGAGGGUGAGUCGGGCUCGGUGGUGGUGCAGACGGCGCCGGGGCAGGUGGUCAGUCACAGGGGUGGCACCAUCGUCUUGCCCUGCCGCUACCACUAUGAGGCAGCCGCCCACGACCACGACGGCGUCCGUCUCAAGUGGACUAAGGUGGUGGACCCACUGGCCUUUGCCGACGUCUUCGUGGCGCUGGGCCCCCAGCACCGAGCAUUUGGCAGCUACCGUGGGCGUGCGGAGCUGCAGGGCGAUGGACCCGGGGAUGCCUCCCUGGUUCUCCGAAACGUUACGCUGCAGGAUUAUGGGCGCUAUGAAUGCGAGGUCACCAAUGAGCUGGAGGAUGACACUGGCAUGGUCAAGCUGGACCUGGAAGGAGUUGUCUUCCCUUACCACCCCCGUGGAGGCCGCUACAAGUUGACCUUCACGGAGGCGCAGCGCGCCUGCGCUGAGCAGGACGGCAUCCUGGCGUCCGCAGAGCAGCUGCACGCGGCCUGGCGCGACGGCCUGGACUGGUGCAACGCUGGCUGGCUGCGCGACGGCUCCGUGCAGUACCCGGUGAGCCAGCCCCGGGAGCCCUGCGGCGGCCUGGGCGGAGCUGGGAGCGCCGGGACGGGCGGCGGCACCGCCUCCGGGGGCGUCCGCAACUACGGCUUCCGCCACAAUGCUGGAGAACGCUACGACGCCUUCUGCUUCACAUCCAACCUCCCGGGACGUGUGUUCUUCCUGAAGCCGCUGCGGCCUGUGCCCUUCUCGGGAGCAGCGCGUGCAUGCGCGGCGCGCGGCGCGGCCGUCGCCAAGGUGGGACAGCUGUUCGCUGCGUGGAAGCUGCAGCUGCUGGACCGCUGCACCGCGGGCUGGCUGGCCGACGGGAGCGCGCGCUACCCCAUCGUGAAUCCGCGCGCGCGCUGCGGCGGCCGCCGGCCGGGCGUUCGCAGCCUGGGAUUCCCCGACGCCACGCGCCGUCUCUUCGGCGUCUACUGCUACCGUGCACCCGGCGCGCCGGACCCCGCACCCGGCGGCUGGGGCUGGGGCUGGGCCGGAGGCGGCGGCUGGGCCGGAGGCGCGCGCGACCCCGCUGCUUGGGCCCCGCUGCGCGUCUAGGCCCUGGGCGCAGUUGGUUGGGGUGCUUGGCGGCUGGCCGAGUGCUCUGCGGUCUCUUGGAGACAGACCACGUGACUGGAGACUGGUCACGCUCCCUGCGGUGCCCUGCAGGCUGACCAGGCCUCCUGUGGUCUUUGAACACUGGCUGCGCCCCCUGGGGUCCUCACAGACUGGCCAGUUCCCGGAGACUGAUCAAGCCUCCACCUCUCCUGGACGGUGGAUUUCCCCUCCUCCCUCGACUUUCCCCAGGAGAUGGGGCAUGCCCCCUGAAGACCCCUGGAGGCCAACAGACCCUGAGGUCUUCUGAAGACUGGCCACUCCUCCCGAGGUUACUUGAAAACAGACAGGACCACCCACCCCGCGGUCUCCUGGAGGCUGGACCCCCAGGAUUAUCUGGAGAUUGGCCUCAGGCCCUCUGCAUCUCCCUGGAGACUGAAGACUGAUCCCUUAUGGUCAUCUGGACACUGAACCCUCUUCCCCCUCACAUGUAGAGAAACCUCGGAGCUCACCAGGUGAUCACGCCCCCGUGCUCACAUGGAGUCUGGGCUUCUGUCCUCUCCCCUGUGGAGACCUGGAAAUUGGGUAUUCCCAUUCUUGCCCCUUUCGCUGCGAAUCCCUUGAAGUUUGCAGACUAACAGGCCAUGUUCCCAGGUCACCCUGAACAGCCCCGCCCCUCCUUUCAGGGGAGACCAGCCUUGUCUGUCACCACUUCAACAGAAUGACAUGCCCCAGCUGGCUCGCAUGACUGGUGGCCAUGCCCCUCCCCUCAGGUAUCUCUUUGGAGGGAGAAAAUCCGCUCCCACCUGAUGGACGGCCUCUUUCCUGGCUGUCACCAAAGAGACCAUCCCUUGGGCCCAGGGAUCCAUAGGAUCCAUGUCACUCACUUGGAGACAAACUGUCCCACGUCCCAUUGUUACCAAGGCGACCAGCCCAACUUCUACCUGUAACCUAGUCGCACAGCCCUUCCCUCAUCAGUCACACCCAGGAAGAUAGUGCCUCCCUCCUCCAGCUGUAACCAUGGAUACCACACGUUUCCCAUCUCGCCUCCGGGACACCAGAGAGCUACAACUCUACUUCUGGAUGUCCCCAUUCUUACCAAAGCCAUGAAGACCACCUUCCCCACCCCAAACUGUCUGGAGAGUGACCCAACAUUCAGCUCUCCAGCUCUCACCGUGGGAACAGGCUGCCCCUUUCCCCAGUGCACCCCAGCUCCUUGCCACCCUCCAAACUCUGCCUCCAAGCUGCUAAAACCCCAUAGCUGUUGCCAUGGAGACCAAACUCUGGUGUCUGAGGUAACCGAACACCUUUCCCCAUAGGCUUUCCCAGGUCAGCAGGGCCCCCGCCCCACCGAACUAUCACCAUAGAGACUGUCAGCAUCGUCCCCAUGACAACCAACUCCCACCUCUCAGGAACUUCUUACCGUGGGCUAGAACUGCACCCCUUUGGGCUUCAUGUCUGCCCCUUAACCAGAUAGGCCCAGCUCCGGGCAGCAUCCCCAGAUAUGGCUGGACUACUGGAGCUGCUGGACACCCUUCGUUUGCACGCUAACUAUAUGCCAGACAACAGUGCAUGAGACCCUUGCAACCCCCAGGUGUUUGCAUUGCUGCCGUACAGAUGAGCAAACUGACUCUGGCAGCCUGGCCCUCUAUGCCAUGCAAGCACUGGGCUCCCCCCUUCCCUUCUAGACCACAUCUCCAUUAUCACGGAGCUCCUCUCCCCUCUAACUGCCCCUUUCCCCACAUUUCACUCCUUAGAGAUCCAGGAGAGAUGGAAUGUUUUUAAGCUUCAAAAUCCACAGUGAGCUCCAGGUUCUAAAGUGCAAUUUGUGCUAAGAAGUCAGGACCCAGCCAGACGCCCCCCACCCCCAGUGUUGAGAGCCAGUUCAGGAGAGAUGGUCCAUGAACAAAGCCACUCCAGCUAUGGGAGACCUCAGCUCCAAGGUCUUCCAUGGAGUAGGACAGUGUGCCCUCCUGGACACACACACACACACACACCCAUUGUCACAUCCAUCUUGAGGAAACCCAUCUGUGAGUUUUGGAAUCAGGUGGGCUCAGGUUCGAAUUCUGCCUCUGUGACCAAGUGACAAACCCCCUGAGCCUGUUUCCUCCUCUGUACCAGAGCUGUUCUGAGGGCCCAGUGAGUGCAAAGCAUACAGCAGGGACUCAAUAAAAAAACGUGUGGGGUUUUUUUUUGGAUGAAUGAGAAAAUGAGACAGCCAGUGGGUAAUUGCUUCAUAAAUGCACUUUGGUGGAUGAAAUAUUUCCCAGCUGGGGGGGGGGAGGUAUGGUGAUGAUUUGGUUGGGAAGCAUCCCCCCUCAUUCCUCAGGAGCAUCCUCACUCCCCAGUUUCUCCCCCUCUGCCUUCCCCCAUUCUGCCUUCACUCUCUUCCUUGCAUCAUCCCCCAUGUGUCUGGCCCUUUUCAGCCCUGUCCUGAUUGGGUCGUUGACACAUGCGGUGAUUCCUGUCAAUCCCCCAGGCACAAAGUGUGGAAAACUGGAUGGAAAAUUCUUGCACCAGGAAGGCAGAUUGCAAUUUUCCGUGGUGCGGAGGUGGAGUUGGGGGGAGGGGGGGGAAUCGUGGACGGAGAAACAUUGAAAGUUUCUGGGAUACAAGCAAAGGGAGAAGAGAAAAACAUGUAAAAGUGAUUAGGCUGUAGACGUGAGAUAGUCGAUGUUACCGCUCAUCCUUCAAUACCAGAUGUGACAGAGCUCCUAGAGAUUCAAACCACUCAUCUGAAGGCAGGGCCCAGCCCCUUGGUUAGACUGCCUUGGGCCCCAGCUGGGCCUUCAUUUCCUUGAAUAGGGGAAUGGUAGGGGCAUAUUUCCAGGGAUGAGUGCAUAGGAUUUUUUCACCCCGCCUUUUCCCUGCUGGCAUCCUCUCUCCCUUCCGUGGUUCCAGUUUCCUAGUUUUUCUCAUGAAUAUGUAACUUUUUAACCACCACUCGUACAAUGAGAGUCAGAGGGGUUGACACACCCCCUUCCAGUUCAGCCAAUGAAUGCUGUGGCACACCUCCUGGGAAACCCUGAUUGGUUCAGGGAGGGAUAGGGAAGCGGGUGGACCGUGUGACUGAGCGCCUGGGAUUUUGGAGAACCAAUUGGGCCAAGGGAACCUUCUUUCUGCUGGAGUCGCUUCAUUGUUGGAGUGGAGGUCUCCAGGGACCACCUGAAGGAGAGCUAAGGGAUGGCAACCGGGAUAGAACCCUUCCUGACGCCAGAUAUUCCGGAAAAUCGCUCUUUCCCAUCCUACACCACUCAGUUCACUGUCCGGAAACAUCCAAAGUUUCUUACAAGCCCUUCCAGAGAUGUUUUAUGUUCAUUCAAGCAAACAUGCAUAUGUAUUUCCCCCCUUUUUACACAAAUGGCAUUUACACAGCUCACACUGUUGUAGCAUAUCUAUCUAGUUCCAAGACAUUUUUAUCAUCCCCAAAGGAGACACCAUACCCAUUAAGCAAAUGCACCCCAUUCUUCCCUUUUCCCUCCCCUCUGCCCUGGCAACUGCUCAUCUGCUUUCUCUCUCUAUAGAUCUGCGUAUUCUUGAUGUUUCAUAUAAAUAGAAUAAUAUAGGGGCACCUGGGUGGCUCAGUCAUUUGGGUUUUUUGUUUUUGUUUGUUUUGUUUUGUUUUUGACUCUUGAUUCCCGCUCUGGUUGUGUUUUCAGGUGGUGGUAUGGAACCCUCCAUUGGCUCCAACCUGGGCGUGGAGCCUGCUUGAGAUUCUCUCUCUCCCUCUCCCUCUGCCUCUCCUCCCUGUUCGCUCUCACGCUCAAUAAAUAAAUAAAUAAAUAAAUAAAUAAAUAAAUAAAUAAAUGGAAUCUUAUA